AUGCCGCUUGUACGAAACCCUAUCUUGCCAGGCUUCAACGCCGAUCCGUCCAUCCUCCGCGUCAAAGACGACUACUAUAUCGCUACAUCCACAUUUGAAUGGUAUCCUGGUGUCCAAAUCCAUCACUCCAGAGAUUUGGCAAACUGGGAGCUCGUGACACGACCUCUGAACAGAAAAAGUCAGCUUGAUAUGCGUGGCAAUCCAGAUAGUUGUGGAGUUUGGGCUCCGUGCUUAAGUCACGAUGGUGAGAAGUUUUAUCUGGUGUACACCGACGUCAAGCGAAAAGACGGUUCCUUCAAGGACACACCAAAUUACAUCGUUACCGCAGAUCGUAUUGAAGGUCCCUGGUCAGAUCCGUUCUAUGUCAAUUCCUCGGGAUUUGAUCCAUCACUCUUUCAUGACGACAAUGGCAAGAAGUGGUUUGUCAACAUGUUGCAAGACCACCGUCGUCGUCCAAGAUCCUUUGCAGGUAUACGGUUGCAAGAGUGGGAUUCCCAAACCAGUAAACUAGUUGGUCCAACUAAGACUGUUUUUUAUGGCACUGAGCUGGACUUAGUAGAAGGCCCGCAUCUCUACAAAAGGAAUGGUUGGUACUAUCUCCUCACUGCUGAAGGUGGGACGGCAUACGAGCACGCCUGCACUCUAGCCCGGUCCCGCAACAUCUGGGGGCCUUACGAACUGCAUCCGCAGAAGUACAUUGUCACAUCCAAGGACGCCCCCCUUGCUGCCCUGCAAAGAGCUGGCCACGGCGAUAUCGUUGAGACUCCAGAGGGAAAAGUGUAUCUCGUCCACCUUACUGGCCGUCCAACAACCCAGAAUCGGCGCUGCAUUCUUGGUCGUGAGACCGCGAUUCAGGAAGCAUAUUGGAGCGAUGACGACUGGUUGUACAUCAAGGAUGGUCCUGUCCCAUCUCUUUACGUCGAUCUGCCCGCAUCUCGUGACGACACAGCUUACUGGGCCGAGCAACGGUACACAUUCUCCACUUCUGAAGGUCUGCAUAAUGACCUUCAAUGGCUGCGCACACCCGAACCAGAGCGCAUCUUCAGUGUCAAUGACGGCGAACUACAGCUCACCGGCCGCGAAUCGAUCGGUAGUUGGUUUGAGCAAGCUCUCGUUGCGCGGCGCCAAACGCAUUUUUCAUACGAUGCAGAGACGACACUCACUUUCUCGCCAACCGACGAGAGGCAAUUUGCAGGGCUGACAGCGUACUAUUGCCGUUUCAACUUCUUCUACCUGACCAUCACCGCGGAUGCAGAUGGCAAUCGCGAACUGCUUAUCUUGACUUCCGAGGCAUCGUGGCCAGACGGUGAUUUGAAGAUGCCUCUUGCGGAACCUGUGAAGAUCCCGCAAGAGGGAAAGGUGAGGUUGGCCCUCAGCAUCCGUGGAAAGGCACUGCAAUUCUCGUAUGCGUUGGAAGGAGAGGAGCUGAAGAAUAUUGGGCCGGUGUACGAUGCAAGUAUUCUCAGCGAUGAGUGUGGAGGGCACCAGGCGCAUGGCAGCUUUACGGGUGCGUUUGUAGGUGUUGCGGCCAGUGAUUUAAACGGAACGGAGACGAAGGCCGGGUUUGACUAUUUCGUUUACAGGCCAGUAGCACAUGACUCAGAUCGGUAUGAUGUUUGA